AUGGCAGACACCCUACGGGAGGAAGACGGGCCCUUGGGGCAGACAGUGGAUAACAAACCGCCCGAACGGAGAACUCAUGUAGCCAAAGCUGCGGUCAGCGAAACUGUUCAGACGCAUUGGCUGACCGGGAGGUUUAUUGCACAGGUCCGAGCCCAUUUUGAAGCCACUCUUGCUGCAUUAUAUUCAGAAAAGGGCGAGGCGGCCGACGGUGACGGAGAGGAAGCACAGUCAGGCGAAGGAGAGGUGGAAGAAACAAUCAAACACCAAAGAUCCAUAUGCACUGCAGCGCUUCAUUGGGGGCUUCUUCUGAUCCUCUCAGCUGAGUCGGCUCUGCUUACUGAGGGAGCAUCUCAACUAUCACCGAGGACCCCCGCAAAAGUUUCGCUAGAUCAACAAAACGAUACUUCCUCCCCAUCGGAGUUAAGCGGGCUUGAACUGAAGGCCCAAAACGACCACAGGCAUAAUAAGGCGGAGUCUGCGGAUGCCGUAUUAACGGAAGCUCUAUUUGCUCUUGAGAUCAUCAUUCGACUUUCCCCGGUGACGGCUACCAGAGUCCUUCCCAAGAUCCUCGAGUGGCUCGACUGGGGCCUCGCAGGCAGAGGGGGGCACCACCCGCUGCUCUCCGAAAAGACACAAGUCGGUGACAAGCAGGUCCACAUUUUAGGUGACCAAAAUACGGGGAUCGAUAGUUGUGCAAGCGAAGUGGAACGCCGUGUGCAGCAAAUCGGAACCGGCUCUCUCUCUGCACUUUUCAGUUGCCCCCUUCAAAAUUUCCACGCUUUUGGACGUAUUUGCAACCCAUCUGAGCAUCUCCUGCGGAUACGCUUGCUGGCGCUCCUCCUGCGGGGCCCUAGGAUACUCCUUGGUUGUUCGAGGGUCCUCGCCGCCUGCGUAGUGCCGCCCCAACCAGUGCAGGGGGUAUGUGGAGGUGACAGCAGCAAUACUACGCGUGGAACGGCACCAGUGAGUAGGCUGGAAGGCGAGAAUGCCAAAGCUGCCGCUAAGGCUGAGUCUUGUUUACAGCGCCGGCUCUUUGAAGAAACUGUCGGCCAGCUUCUUACUGCUCUCGGCGAUUUGAGAGCUGCCCUCAUCCCGGGUGUUCAAAUUGGAGAAAUACGCACACCCUCGUUGACACUUCAGCAAUCUAUUGACGGCCCGAAUAUGGUCGAGAAAAUAAUUCUCUCCGCUUGUCUACCUCCUUUGCUUUGUUUGGAAACCACUUCAUCACAGCAUACUACAGCCGGGAGCCAGAAUAUGGACGGCUCCGCCUCCUCUGCGAACAGGUCUUUGGAGCAAAGCAUAUCUUGGGCUUUUGCAGAGAACAAUAUCGUGGCUGCCGAGGGUACACCACAUAAGGCUGCGCAUUAUAUCCUUGCUACCGUUCAGGUAAGCCACGACGCUGGCCGGGGAGCAAUGAUGGUUCGGAAAGAGAAAUGCGGUAGCGGAACACUAGUUUCGCUGGAAAAGACUUUAGAAUAUCCCGUCUUAGUAUGUCAGGAGGCAUGCGGUCUCGCACUGUUGAUUUGGACGCAGGGCCUACUUCUCUCGUUCGCGCUGAAAGUCGAAGGGUCGUCAACAUGCCUAGACACUUUUGGGGUUGCUGCCGCUGCAACCGAUGAAUCAGUAGUCCGAGAAGCGAAAGCACUUCUGGAGGAGGUCGGUGAAUUCUUCAAUUCCCGCCGAAAUACGCCAAUGGGGUUGCGCUCCCUGGAACUGCCACAAAACACAUUAAUACACGCCGUGACAGGCCUAUGCUCUCGUGCGCUUACAGCCAAGGAGCUUCCAAAGGCUUUCCAGAUCAAUGCAAGCCGAGCUGACUCGCGCAUUUUACUAACGGCUAGAGCAGCUGCCUCAGUUGUCGAAGUGCAAAUGGCGGAACGAGGCGGAGGGAUAGAACCACGUUGCCCACUGACUGGACGGUUGCAACUGCCAGAUGGGCUUCCUGACGAGCAGUUGAUUGACCUAGCUGGACAAGACAGGAUGUGUACUCAGAUAAAAGAUGAAGACCGCAGUCUAGGUUUGAUUAUCCCGCCCCUACUCCGCGUGUUGGAUAUCCCGCAAGGAGCAGGACUGAUUCUAUUGCAGAUUAUGUUACAUCGUGACUUCCACACGCUGUUUUGGGUAUUCCUGUGUGUGUUUCUGCCUCCAGCACUCAACAACUACCGCACGCCUAUAAUCCAGGCCUUGAUGGGCGGGUUCCCCAUCUACACCGAGGUGGACGUUUGCUUUGAUGCAUAUCUUAAGGCUUUUACGGCAUUCGUCUGCCGCACAUUUUCGGAUGAAUAUGAUCAAUCGUUCUUUGAAUGCCAAAACUUCUUGAUUGACAUGGCCCACCCCGCCCUGAACUCGUCUGAGAGGCUUCGCUCGAUUUUCUUAAGACAGUCCAGGGAUCUGCUGAUAUUCGCUGGAGAUUCAGCAAAUCUGAGAUUAUGCGACUGGAUGAGUUUCUGUCUCGAGGCUUUAGAGGGGGUAUCUCUUGAAACCAUAGGAGAGGGCUUGCAAACUCUUGAGGUGUUGCUUUCCAUCGGCACGGAUAUCGAGGAAUUUUUUCCACAGAUCAUUUGUCGCUUGGCUACCAUAGCCUUGGUAGCAAAGGAAGAAUUUGUGCAGAAAUAUCCAGGACCCUCCUCCGGACAGCUGCAACUCGCGGAAUUGGUAGAGGCCGUUUCCCAUCAAUUGAUCCGCUCAGCAGAUAACGAGCUGCUGCUUACUAUUUGCACAAAGGUUUCUUCGCAAUUCCAAGAAAGGCGUUGCGAUGAACCUUCACUUGUGGACGCUAUCACUGAAUGGCUUUCAUGGUUCUCUUCUCUGUUGCAAGAAGGGCGUGAUCCGAAGGGGGAAAAGGAGGCGACUUCACCAGGCCCACAAAUCAAGGUGUGA